UCUCACAAUGUUUUUGACAGCCAUUAGCGCGUUAAAUGUCAUCUUCGCUGCUAUAGCACAGGGAUUGACCGAUGGAGUAAUCCACUUGAGUGGCUCUGAUCUAUCAGGUCUGAAGGAUGAUUUUGACUUUCUCAGUGUGGGCUGUAUUCACGUUGGUGUACGUGCUGGCAGUAUUUUGUCAUGUUUUGUAGUGGCGACCAUUCAUUCUCGGGUUAGAAUACUACAGGCGACAAGCCUGAUUGGACUUCUUGGGCGAGGUGCGAUCCUUUUGACGCUUCCGAUUACUGGCUUCACUAAAGCGUCAGCUCACGUUCUGGCCUGUAUUAUCGGUGCGUGCCAGUCAGUCGUCGAAAUCGCCAUUUAUUCAAGAACAAAUGAGGCGGUUUUCUAUUCAGUUUCACGUAUUGUCAUCUAUUUGUUCAACGCAUUCAGCUCACUAGGACAGCUCCUCGCUGCUACUAUUGUCCACGUACAACAGCCAGAUGAAAGGUCAUUGUUAUACGUUGCAGGAGGAACGACUAUCGUUGUCGCCGUUGUGUUCUGUGUCGUGUUGAUCCUUUCCCCUGCGAGUACGCCGGCACCGCUAACAGCAUCGAAGUGCCGCGUCAUCCUCACUGGCAUCGGAGUGUUCUCCAGUACAGCGCUCACAUCAUUUGCUUUGAGAAAUAUUCCUUACCUUCUCGAAGCUACAGGCAAGCCUGUCGAUGAAGCCACAGGACAGCAUCUCGUCGGCCUAUUCUACAUCGCCUUCACUAUAUCACGUUUUGUAACGAUAUUACUUUCUUUUCGGGUUUCAUCCUCUUCGUUAUGGUUCUAUUCUUCCCUUCUUAUCAUACCUUCAAUAUUACUACUAAACUCUGAUACGCACUGUGGCGCCACGAAAAUAGCGGUGGUAAUUUUUGGCUGUUUUGUGGGCCCUCUCUAUCCCUCAUCGAUCAGCAGUCUUACGACUUCCGGCCCGCUAUCUUUUUUGAUUCUGGCACUUCUCGUUCUGAUUACUCAGAUAGCAGAGUCUGUAAACUUGUUCAAGACUAACUCGGUACAGGCAGUAUUGAUGGGCCUGAAUUUGUUAUGCCUCGGGUCUGCCGCUUUGAAUCGAUUGGGCACUUCGUGCACGUGGAAACCUGAUAUGGGCAUAAAAACCGUCCCAUAA